AUGUCUACGUCAUACGCAGAACUAGCACCCUUUUGUGGUGUGCUGAAAACUGGCAAUCUUGCAGUGCAGACCUUCCCAGAGCAUCCUUCAGAUACACAUCAGAUAAUACACCACAAUCACGCACUAGAUGAGGAAUGGAACCAGUGCGCCCUCCCCUCAAGCAGCCAAAAAUCUACAGAUUCAUCCACCAUCGGAUCCACAAUUCCGCCAGCGACACUUAACACAAACAAACGACGCUUGGAACCCGACUGUGCAGACUCAGACAGCGAAGGCGACGACGACGAAUAUUCCAAUAACUUCCCGCGCGGGUUCCACCAGAUGUGGAAGUCCAAGAUCCCUGUCGUCAGCACGCCUGCAAAUUCACCGUCACGACCAAUCCUGCUUCCGAGACUGGCGCAUAAGGUUGGCAGAUAUCAAAAUCAUCAACAGCAACAGCAACCGCAACCGCACAAAGCACGUCAUUGCGGGCAAGAGAAUAACGACCCUGGGGUUGUUUCUGUGGCACAGGCUGUUGAUUUUGAAGAAGCUUCAUUCUUACGUCGGAAGGAAGAGGUGGAUGACGAGAUUGUGGGGGUGGAAGUGGAGAUGGGAGGCGUUUAA